AGCUCAGAAGAGCCCCAGCCCACUGAAGCUGCUGGGAAUGAACAGAGCACAAUCCUGCUUCUCUUUCCAUGGCCCUACUGGGGCCGCUGGCUGUGAGAGUCAUGUACAGGACACUGCUGGGCAGCAAAUAACCUCAGCAUCGCAACACCAUGCAAAGAACUCUUUAAAAGAAAAAGGAGUGUGCUGAAACUUAGAUACCCAUCAAAUUAAGAUUUUCCUUGAAGUCCAGCUAAGAAUGCAACCAACAAUAAAAUGAAAAAGCUGUGCAGCUGAAGAAGCAUCCUUCUACUUUGUGAAAAUGUCCCUUACAUUUUGACAACGAUUAAAGGACAAUGGGGUCAAACACACUUGGGAAGGCUGCAACAUUAGAUGAGCUUUUAAAUGCUUGCAUUGAAAUGUUUGAUGACAAAGGAAAUCGGUGCUCCAGCCAUUUGCCAAGAACCUUUCUUUUAAUGCACCGGUGGUAUCUGCCUUCCACUGAGCUGGCUGGCAAGCUUCUGUCCACGUAUAGAGAUGCCAGUGGGGAGAACUGCAAUGAGUUCAGAUUAAAAAUAUGCUUUUUCAUGAGAUACUGGAUUUUGGAAUUUCCUGCGGAGUUUAACCUGGAUCUUGGGCUGAUUCGUCUGACUGAAGAGUUUCAAGAAGCAGCCAGCCAGCUCGGAUAUGAGGAUCACAUCCAUCUCAUUGAUAUCUCCAGCAUUCCUUCCUAUGACUGGAUGAGACGAGUUACACAGAGAAAGAGGAUUUCCAAGAAAGGAAAAGCCUGCCUGCUCUUUGACCAUCUGGAGCCCAUUGAGCUAGCUGAACAUCUCACUUUUCUGGAGCAUAAAUCCUUUCGGAGAAUUUCUUUCACAGACUACCAAAGCUAUGUGAUCCAUGGUUGCUUGGAGAACAAUCCUACUUUGGAGAGAUCUAUUGCUUUAUUUAAUGGUAUUUCCAAGUGGGUCCAGCUCAUGGUUCUCAGCAAGCCAACACCCCAGCAAAGGGCAGAAGUAAUCACAAAGUUUAUCAAUGUUGCACAGAAGCUCCUUCACCUCCAGAAUUUCAACACACUGAUGGCAGUUGUAGGAGGUCUAAGCCACAGCUCUAUUUCUCGCCUGAAAGAAACUCAUUCUCAUCUGUCUUCAGAAGUCACAAAGGACUGGAACGAAAUGACAGAGCUGGUCUCUUCCAAUGGAAACUACUGCAACUACCGCAAGGCUUUUGCUGACUGUGUUGGCUUCAAAAUUCCUAUUUUAGGAGUUCAUUUGAAAGACUUGAUUGCUGUCCAUGUCAUUUUUCCUGACUGGGUAGAUGAGAACAAAGUAAAUAUAGUAAAAAUGCAGCAGCUUUCCAUCACCUUGAGUGAACUGGUUUCCCUACAAACUGCCUCUCAUCAUUUAGAGCCUAAUAUGGAUUUAAUUAACCUGCUAACCCUGUCCCUGGACCUCUAUCACACCGAGGAUGAUAUCUACAAGCUCUCACUGGUGCUAGAACCAAGGAACUCCAAAUCUCCUACCUCCCCGACAACACCUAACAAGCCAGUAGUGCCACUGGAGUGGGCAUCUGGAGUGGUACCAAAACCCGACCCUACAGUCAUUAAUAAACACAUACGAAAGCUGGUGGAUUCUGUCUUUAGGAACUACGAUCAUGACCAUGAUGGCUAUAUUUCUCAGGAAGACUUCGAAAGUAUAGCUGCAAACUUCCCCUUUUUGGACUCUUUCUGUGUGCUGGACAAAGAUCAAGAUGGUCUUAUAAGCAAAGAAGAAAUGAUGGCUUACUUUCUGAGAGCUAAAUCACAGUUCCAGUGUAAAAUGGGACCAGGGUUUAUUCAUAACUUCCAGGAGAUGACCUAUCUUAAACCAACUUUCUGCGAGCACUGUGCAGGAUUUCUCUGGGGUAUAAUCAAACAAGGCUACAAAUGCAAAGAUUGCGGUGCCAACUGUCAUAAGCAAUGCAGAGACCUGCUUGUGCUGGCGUGCAGGAAAUUUUCCAGAGGAACUUCAGUAGGCAGCAACCAUGGCUCUCUGCCCAGCAGUCCGUCUCUGCCUCCAGUCCAAGACGAAGUAUUUGAAUUUCCCAGUGUUGCCACAGAACACCAGGACCUUGAUGGCAGAGCUAUCACCCUCGUCACUGGCUCUUCAAGGAAAAUUUCAGUGCGUCUACAGAGGGCAACCACCAGCCAAGCAACGCAGACAGAACCACUCUGGCAUGAGCCAGGCUGGAAUGAUUCAGGUUCCCACACUUUCCCAAAAAUGAAGUCCAAAUUCCAUGGUAAAUCUGGGAAGAACAAAGGCUUUGCAAAAUGGGAGAAUGAAAAGCCCAAUGUGCAGGCUGAUAUGGAGCUAGAAGCUGAGGCCCCACAACACAUACAAGAUCACAACGGAAUAGAAACCCUCCAGGAAAGACAAGAAUUUGAGGAUAGCUGAUUGCUCACCAUGAAGCACAGAAAAAUGAAGAUGACAACUGUAACACAGCAAGAAUUGAUGGACUGUCAUAGACCCCAUUUGGCCUUGGGAAGUUCUCCUGUAUCUCAUAUGUUUAAAUUCAUCCGUUGCCCUGUUUUCUUAGCUGAAAGGUGUUAUAAAGUACUAUUUAUUUCCUCACAAGUAAGCCCUUUGGAUGAACAUUGCACAGACACAGCAGAAUGGAUCUCUGCGCUCAGUGUUUUUUCUUGUAUGACUUUUGUGGAAACUUCCUCUACAUGCCGGCAAGGAUAUAUUUGGCCUCCUUUGAAUAUACUGCAUCAUUUCAGCCUGUCUGCCAGCAACAACAAUGGUGAGGACAGAAGCCAAGCAUCUAAGUUUGUUCAGUAACACUCCUUUUCUAGACACUCGUAAUCAUCUUUUAAGGAAAGAAGUAGGUGUGCACGUGGAUUAAAUCUCAAACAAAAGCCUUUCAUAAAGUGCUUUAUGCUGAAAUUCUUUGCACACCUGCUUUUUUGAAUGUUGGCCAUGUUUUACACUGCUACAAUGAGCGUAUUGAUGUUCAGCACAGUGAUACCGUUCCCACGCAGGAUCCUUCGAAUAGACAGCGUGUGGCUGAGACUGAAGGAAUUCCAAGACACUAUGCAUAUGUCUGGUUACACCGCAAUGGAGAGGGGGUUCUCUUUGCCAGUGCUGAUUAUGGUAAAAUUAGCAUGUAAUAAACAUCUUAGUUUUAAGCGUGUGUAUGUACAUGUAUGUGAUAUGUUUUUCUCUGGUUAACAACCUUCACGUUAAGACUAAAUGUACUGAAGAGCAAUCUCCAAACUACAUUAGCAGUUUGCUUGUACAGGAUCUGGCACCUGAAUCUGUAAUGGCCUGAGGAUCGGGUCUGAAGUGGCAUUUCUCAGCAGCAGUAGAUUACUUAAGGUGCAGAGCCUCCUUCUGGUAAAAAAAAAACACAGAACAAAACAGCACGAAGCUCAACAUUGAAAGGUACAUUCCAAAGUGGCAUCAUACAUGUGUUAUUCUUCUUCCCCCGAUUUCCCCAUAAAAACAGAGGUGCAUGGGCAGCACACACUGCGAAUUAAAGCAAUCCAAUUGUAAAACUUCCUGCAAAAUUCGAGUUAUUGCACCCUUCACCAAGUUAUGAGUCCUCAAAAUCAGGGAGUAGACUUCCCUAACCAACACUGACAGCUGCACUCCCCUGAGGUACUUCCACUGUAAACUGCACUGCAACUACGUGAUGCCUGCUCAAGUUUGCACCUGGAUUCCUGCAGGUUUCCUUUGUUUUCCAACACAACUAGUAAUGAUAGUAAAUCUGGGGUAAGAGAAAAAGACAACAUGCUCUCACUGCCUAACUCAGAUUAAACUCUGAGAAAUAAGCACUGCAGGGAACACAGGUUCCCAAGCUAGGAAAAGGGCCAGAAGCAUCCUUCACUUACUGCAGCAGACAAAGAGCAGGCAUGAGUAAAAAUAUGGUCUUUAUUUCCUGAGGG